CUUUUUUUUGUCUGUGAUCGACUGGUUGUACUGAAGCACAAUGCAAAGUGAAGUCGGUUGCAGGUUCAUCGACUGAUGGCCACAAUGAAUUGGAUUUUAAAUGUUUAUUAUUGAUAAUAUAUUUAUAGAAAAUAGGCCAGCUGUCGACGCUGGUCAUAAACUGAGACUAUAAUUCCAAGAGGGGUGUGAAUCGUAUUAGCUUGUUUGUAUGUGGCAAUAACGGGGUAAAUAAGCUAGCUAACGUUAGCAAUGGUUCUAAUGAUGGAAUCGCAAUGUGAGUAUUUUAUGUAUUUCCCUGCUGUUCCCAUCACGGACCUUUCCGACCCGUCAAAAUACCGAACUCUCCCCCGUCGCAGUCACCUCUAUCUCGGUGAGACCGUGCAGUUCUUGUUGGUCCUGCGGUCCAGAGAUGAACGGUCCGUUUCGGACGGGACAAAGGGAAACGGGGAUAGUGACUGCGGUACCCGGGCUUGGAAGGAGCUGGUAGGGUCCCUCUCCGCUGUAGCAAGUGUGUGCCCUGGCGAGAGCCGAGAUCGCUCCCAACUUCACCCACACGAGUUCCAGAGAAGCUACAGCGACGACGGUGCAGACGAGGACCCCGACGAGGUCGACUUUGCUGCGGGUACAGCCCAUAUAGGCAGAAGGGAGUCCAGGAACCGAGGCUUCAGAGAAUGCAAGCCGCUUCUCAUUCACAAUAACACGGGGAGUGAUGGGCGGCAGUAUCGGCGGGCACCGAUGCAGUCACCCAUGGACAAGCCAGUGGUACUGAACGAUGAGGUCAUCUUCCCUCUGACCGUCUCAUUGGACAAACUCCACGUCAACACGCUCAAGGUCAAGAUCGUAGUGACAGUGUGGAAGCAGGAGAAGGAGAAGGCAGAGAUCAGGGAACAUGGUUACCUCACCAUCCUACAGCUGAGGAGUCCCACACACACCUUCAGACAGGACCUCAACACCUUCAAGGCCCAGGUCAGCACCACCCUGAGUGUUCUUCCUCCUCCGACUGUGAAAUGUCAACAGAUUACCGUCUCCGGGAAGCACCUGACCCUUCUCAAAGUAUUAAACUCCAGUUCCCAGGAUGAGGUGUGUGUUAGGAACGUGAGGGUUCUUCCUAACUUCAACGCGUCCUACCUCCCCAUGAUGCCUGAUGGCUCUGUACUCCUCGUGGACAAUGUCUGCCACCAAUCAGCGGAGGUUACCAUGGCAUCAUUCCACAGAAUGAACAGUAGCUCCUCCCACCUUCCCAGCAUGCUCUCUGCCCUGGAGGAGCAGAACUUCCUGUUUCAGCUGCAGCUCAGAGACCAGCCAGAGGAAGAGUCCAGCGAGGGUCUGGAGGUUCCAUUGGUGGCUGUGCUGCAAUGGUCUACCUCUAAGCUUCCAUUUACCAGGUACAUUUCGACCCACUACCAGCUACCCAGCGUGAGACUGGACCGCCCCCGUUUGGUGAUGACAGCUUCUUGUCAGAGUUCCGUGAGGCCGCUGGAGCACUUCCGGGUCAAAUACACCCUCCUCAACAACCUACAGGACUUCCUGGCUGUACGCCUGGUCUGGACACCCGAAGGACGUGGUCGGCAGGAGGACCCGUCAGCGAGUUCUGUGGUGUGUCACUCCCCCCUCAACAACUUGGGACAGUGUCGGAAAGGAUCCACCCUCUCCUUCACAGUUGCCUUCCAGAUUCUCAAGGCAGGACUGUUUGAGUUAAGCCAGCACAUGAAGCUGAAGCUCCAGUUCACAGCAUCCUGUUCCAACCCCCCUGCUGAAGCCAGGCCCAUGUCUCUGUCCCUGUCGCGUCACAACUCUCCCUCCAGCCCUGCUGUUAGAGACCUGCUGGACAGACAGAGUAUGGGACGGUCACAGAGCUUCUCUCACCAACAACCCUCACGGUCACAUCUUAUGAGGACGGGCAGUGUUAUGGAGCGCCGGGCCAUCACUCCUCCAGUGGGAUCUCCAGUGGGUCGACCCCUCUACCUUCCCCCCGAACGCCCCGUCCUCUCACUGGAUAAGAUCGCCAAGAGAGAGUGUAAGGUAUUGGUACUGGAACUUGGAAGAGACUGGGAGAGGGAGGGAGGGUUGGAGGAAUGAGGUAGA